AUUGGGACAUCUGUUGGAAAUAUUGCCAAAGAUCUAAAUCUCAAUGUACAGGAUUUAGAGUCUCGUAAGUUUCAGAUUGUUAGUGGAUCACAGAAGAAGUAUUUCGAUGUGAAUUUAAAAACGGGUGUUCUUUAUGUCAGUGAAAGAAUCGACCGCGAGGAGCUUUGUGGUAGGGCUUCAAAAUGUACUGUCAAUGUAGAGGCGGUGAUCAACGUCCCCCUGAAGCUUUAUCGCUUAGAGAUAAACAUAAAAGAUAUAAACGACAACGCACCUGUUUUCUCUGAGAAGCUGCAAUCGCUUGAUGUUCCAGAAAAUACUUUACCGGGAGUCAAAUUUGGACUGAUAGAGGCAUCAGAUUUGGAUGUCGGUAAGAACGGUGUUAAUACAUAUAAACUUAGUAAUAACGAUUAUUUUUCAUUAGAAAUUCACAAAGGAGAAGACAGCGUGUCUGCUGAGUUAGUACUGCAGAAAUCGUUAGACAGAGAGCAGGAUUCUGUUAUAAAACUCACGCUGACUGCAGUAGACGGAGGAAACCCACCCAAGUCAGGGACAUCGCUUAUUAUCAUUUCCGUGAUGGAUACUAAUGACAACCAUCCCGUGUUCAGUAGGUCUUUGUACAAAAUUAAAAUUCCUGAAAACUUGCCCAGUGGGUCUACAGUGCUUACGCUGAAUGCAACAGACACAGAUGAGGGUUCAAACAGUGAAAUUGAAUACUCUUUGAGAAAAAAAGGCCAAGAUCAUAUUUUAGAUUUAUUUGAAAUUGAUUCAAAAACGGGAGCGAUUUCAGUUAAAGGUAAAGUCGAUUAUGAAGAAAAUCGUGCAUUUGAGAUCCAUGCGGAGGCAAGUGACAAGGGCCAGCCUCCGAUGUCUGCUCAUUGUAAGGUGUUGGUAGAAGUACUGGAUUUAAAUGACAAUGCUCCUGAGAUCACGGUGACGUCACUAUUAAAUACAGUGAAAGAAGACGCGGAAGUAGGUGCAGCCAUUGCACUUGUCUCGGUUUUGGAUAAAGAUAGUGGGAAUAACGGGGCAGUGAAAGCUGUGAUUGCAAGUAAGACUCCAUUUAAACUGGACACAAACUACAGAAAUUAUUACUCUUUAGUAGUUAAUGGUCCGCUUGACAGAGAAACUACAGACGAGUACAAUGUUACUAUAAUAGCAACUGAUGAAGGAGCUCCUCCUCUCUCCAGCACCAGCAUAAUUAGUGUUCAUGUCUCUGAUGUCAAUGACAACUCGCCUCGCUUCUCUGAUCCGAUACUUAAUAUUUAUGUUAAAGAGAACAGUCCAGUAGGAGCUGUCAUUAAAACUCUGACUGCAACUGAUGCUGAUGUCGAUAAAAAUGGUCAAGUGAGCUAUUCUUUUUUAAAAAGUAGCAGUGACUCACUACCGUUUCCUACAAUGAUUAACAUCAACUCAGAGUCAGGAGAUAUAAUCAGCCUGCAGUCUUUUAACUACGAGGAGUUAAAAACUUUCCAGUUUAAAGUUCAGGCCACAGACUCUGGUGUUCCUCCGCUCAGCAGCAACGUCACUGUCAACGUUUUAAUCCUGGAUGAAAAUGACAACAGUCCCACGAUUCUCGCGCCAUAUUCUGAGCACGGCUCCGUUAACAGUGAGAGCAUCCCCUAUUCUGCUGAAGCGGGAUACUUUGUGGCAAAGAUCAGGGCUGUAGACGCAGACUCUGGAUACAAUGCGCUGCUUUCUUAUCACCUGUCUGAGCCCAAAGGAAACAACCUGUUCAGGAUUGGAACCAGCACCGGGGAGAUCAGGACUAAGAGGAGAAUGAGUGACAAUGACCUCAAAACUCACCCCUUGGUGGUCUUGGUCUCUGAUAACGGAGAACCCUCCCUGUCAGCUACUGUGUCUAUUGAUGUGGUGGUGGUUGAAAGCACGGCUGAAAUCCAGACUCAGUUCAGACAUGUGCCUGUAAAGGAGGACAGAUUCUCGGAUUUGAACCUGUAUCUGCUGAUCGCCAUUGUGUCGGUGUCCGUCAUCUUUCUGCUCAGCCUCAUCACUUUAAUUGCAGUUAGAUGCCACAGGACAGACGGCACUUUCAGCAGGUAUAGCGCCCCCAUGAUCACCACCCACCCUGACGGGAGCUGGGCUUACUCUAAAGCUACUCAGCAGUAUGACGUGUGUUUCAGCUCAGACACGCUCAAGAGUGACGUAGUGGUUUGCCCCGCCCCGUUUCCACCUGUAGAUGGAGAACUGAUCAGUAUUAACGGAGGAGACACUUUUACCAGGACUCAGACUUUACCUAACAAAGAAAAGGUAAGCGCACAUUGGUCUUAAAAAUUCUGCAAUGUUAUUUAGUGUGCAAAACUACGAUCGAGACCCGAGUAUGAAUCAAUAGGGUUUCACCCGAAUUAAAUUAAAAGAACUUCAUUGCCACGGAAAAAAAUGGGGAUAAAUCCAGUUCAAGUUAACUAAUAAAAUAAAUCACUUGGAUAUAUUUUGUUAGGCUUCUUUUAUACAUACUAAUAGUUUGUGGUAUUUACUUCUAGCAAAAGAUGUGCAGAUUUUGAAUCAUGCCCUACAUGUUGUUCUUCAUAGUACUGAACGGACGAUUAUGCACGAUGUCAACAUGCUGGGCAGUUAUACUGUACUUUACUGUACUAGUUGCCCGGACACCGUUAACAUCUAGAAUAUUUAUUUCUAAGCGACUAUACUAGUUUAAAUAAUGUCUCGCUAAACAUGUGUUCGAGUAUUCAUAUCCUUUGUUAACCUUAACAGGUUGGACCCAUGUUUAUUCAAAACAAUUCUGAAAAAAAAAAA